AUGACCCUUACCACCAAAAUACUACCGGUUGAAGUCUCGCUGAUUUCUUUCAACGGAACAAAGCUCGAGGUUUCCGACUCUACCACAAAACACAACCUCGAUAUUGCAUCUGAAGAAGUCCGAAAGCCUGGCCAUGUGGUUGCUUUUCCUACUGAAACAGUAUAUGGACUUGGAGGAUCAGCUCUAUGUGAUGACAGUGUAAGAGCUAUUUAUGCUGCAAAAAAUAGACCAGCUGAUAAUCCACUUAUCGUGCAUGUUUCCAGCCAGGAACAGAUCGAAAGACUACUUCUUCCCAAGCUGCAUAAGAUUCCAGCUGUUUACGAUCAGUUGAUCAAGAAGUUCUGGCCUGGGCCUUUGACGAUUCUUUUGCCUGUUGAGGAAGGUUCGCCAGUCCUGGAAUUGACUACAGCUGGACAGAAUACCGUUGGAGUGAGAAUGCCUUCACAUCCAGUUGCAAGAGCUCUUAUUGCACAAAGCGAUACACCUUUGGCUGCUCCUUCUGCCAAUGCUUCUACUAGACCAAGCCCUACAAUGGCAAGCCACGUUUAUCAUGAUCUUAGCGGACGCAUUCCAUAUAUCCUAGAUGGAGGUGCUUGUGAUGUGGGCGUGGAGUCUACUGUGGUGGAUGGUCUUACGAAUCCACCCAUGUUACUUCGGCCUGGAGGAGUUUCUGCUGAAGAUAUACGGAAGUAUGGUGGUGGACCAUGGGAGAAUAUCAUUAUGGCAAAGAAGACUGCUGGAAAGACUGAGGCGGUUAGAACGCCAGGCAUGAAAUAUAGACAUUACCUGCCUAGCGCCAAGGUGGUGCUCUUUGAUGGUUGCAAAGACGGCAGUAAGGCAGUGAAAAGUUGGCUUGAGAGACAAGCUGAUUUUGAUCCUAGAAAAGUGGCGCUUCUUCGUGGUGCCCAGUUUGCAUCUGCAGCUGAGUUGGGCCUCGAAGGAGCUCAUGAGAGGAUCCUAGGUAGCAGUGCUACUGAAAUGGCACACAAUUUGUUUAAGAUGCUACGUGAGGUGGAUGAGUUGAACGUGGAGCUUAUUUUGGUCGAGGGUGUGGAAGAGACUGGCGAUGGCCUUGCCGUGAUGAACAGACUCUCGAAAGCUGCCUUUGAGGUGGUCAGGUAA